CUCACAUUUGGUCUAGAUCCAAUUGAAUUAGACCCAACAGAAUUUGUCACUAACGAACUUACUAAUGAACUGUUCGCUUCGCUUAUUGAGCCAUCUCUAAAGGAACAAAAUCAAUCUGGUAUUUUUCGUAAUUUAUUUCCGUAUCUUGUGGAUACUAUCUGCAGAACCAUUCCAAUCACCAGAUUAGUUAAUUAUAUCCAAGCAAUUAAUGAAGAUGAUGAAGUUGAUGAUAUAUACAAAAUUCUCCAAUGUUUUGAAGGAUGUACGGUCCCUACAAAUUCUUUUUCAAAAAUUCUCAGUGCAAUUGUUGCUGCAAAUAUCCCUAUUCCGAUUUAUCUUUCAAAUGAUACGCAUUCUCAAAAAGGCCUAAAAGUUCUUAAUGGAAUGCGUGACAUUAUUGCCACUCGUAAUUAUCAUCUUUUUAUCUCCGUAAACCGAGCAAAUACUGAUUUAGAAAUACCUUUCACGAAACAACUUUAUAAAAAUUACUCAAAUAAUCGUGAAGAUUCUUCAGGCAUUUGUAAUCCAAAUUCUAUUGACCUUUCUUUCCAUGCUGCAUCAGAAAAUCAUUCUCGCCCACCCUUGGCUAUUUCGGAAAAUGACUUUGAUGGAAAUGAACUCGAUGAACAAUUUAUUUCUACCAUCAACGACAUUUCUGUUGAAUGUCAUAAUGGUUAUAAACGAAGAAUUUUGAUCUUAUUUUGGGGAGUUAAGCCUCAGUUUUUCAACGAACAUAAAGAAAAUGUUGAAACAUUGUUAACUUCAAAAUUUACUAAUGAUGAAUUCAUGAUCGAACUGGUUUUAAAUGAUGAUACCGAAGAUUUUUUAUCAGAAAACGAUUUUGCAAUAUCAAUGGCAGAACUUGAACAAUUUACUUGUCGUGCUGAUAUAUUGUAUGCUUCAUAUUGUUCAAAUGAAAUUGAAAAACUACAGGAUAAAACUCGUUUCAAAACCUCUGAAGAUUCGCGUUAUCAGACUGAAGGCGAAAUUAAUCUAAAAAUCCGAGAUCUUCAGAAUGAACAAAAAAAUAUUGUUGACUUUUACUUUAAGGAUUAUCUUAUUUCAUUGGAACAAAAAGCAGAAGAAAUAAAAAAUACCUUAAUUGAGAGUGAUAGAUCAAAUAUUCAGCGAAAAGAACUAAAGCAAAAAAUUGAAGACUUAGAUAUAACGAUUCAUGACUUUUGGAGAGAAUUUAUUAUUUUAUCCCAGAUAAUGAUAAAAGAUGAUUUGAAUACAAUAGUCAAUCCAAAACGUUUAUCAUUUAGGCAGCUCGAAAAAGCUUAUAGUAUUUGGAUACGUGAAGGAGAGGCAAUUCAGAUAUUAGAAGGAGCAUCACUUAGAACAAUAAAUUCCGAUUUUCUUUCAUCCGUAUUAAGUAAAAUAAUAUCGAAUUCUAAACAACAAUUGAUAGUUCUCUCAGUAAUUGGACUUGAAAAAUUGGAUGUUUUAAUCAUAGAUUCUGAAGGAAUGGGAUCUACAGCAGCAAAAUAUAUUUCAAGACGUACAGACUUCGAUAAAAAAAUGACGCUUCUUGGUUUUAUGUGCUCACAAAUCCUAAUCGUCAACACUAAAGGACUUACGCGAGAUAUUUCAGAUACUUUAGAGGUUUCUUCGUAUCAUCUAGAUGCACUAAGUAAUAGAAACUCUAAACCAAGGAUCAGCUUUGUUUUACGAGAUAUGAAAGAUGCCAAGCAUGCCCAAAGUCCGGCAUUUAAAAAUAUUCGUGAUGAUUUAAAAAAGAUGUUUGACGAAAUUCCUGGUGGUUCUCAUGAUAUAGAUGAUUUUAUGGUCGUAGAAGAACAGGAUGUUCAUUUAUUAGAGAAUGCAUUUGCUUGUUCUUUUGAUGAUUUUUAUCCACAAUCUAUGCUCACUGAUAGUGAAAAUUUUCAUUAUCCUGCUGAAACUUUUCCGUUAAAAAUAUCUAAACUUCGCAAAGAAUUACUCAAUUCUGCGUUGAUUCCAAGUGAAAAUCAUGAAUCUCAGAUAUUUAAAAAUAUCCACGGUAAGAAAUGUUUAGUAUAUGCUCAAGAAAUCGAUGAACGUGGGAAUUUUCUUCAUUUUAAAGACUCUAAAACAAUACAACAAUGGAGCGCAAUGAAAAAAUUAGUCUACGGUUACAAUGAUACUACAGUAAAAUCUUAUAAAGAAAAUGGACAAAAUUUAAUAGAGGAACAAGCAAGUAAAGGACAAUGGAAUGAAAACAACGAUAUAGAAUUUGAAACGUUUCUUGCUCAAGAAACUGAAUUUCGACGUAAUGAAACGAUUGCUGACUUUAAAGAAAAAGUUUCAAAUCAAUAUGAAGCACAAAUAAUUGAUGAGGGCGAAACCCAUAUAAAAACAGUAUUUGCUGUUGAAAAACAAAAACUUAAAGAACUAUAUGCAAAAAGGCAACGACAAUCUAAAGAAUCUUGGUUAAUAAAAUCAGCACAAAUGCGGAUUGGCGAAACAGUCGGGAAAAUUCUUAGAGAACAUAAAGAUAAGACACCUGAAGAGUUUAAAAGCAUUUUUUCUGAAUCAAAAUGUAAAGAGUUAUUUAAUAUGGAAUGGAAAAAGGUAGAAAAUGAUAAAGAAAAUUUUAUGUGCACAAUAAUAAAGAAAACAAAAGAACUAGAACAGCAUGUAGUUGAUUCUUUUAAUCAGGCUAUAGCGAUCGGACGAGCUAUAAGUAACAAUGCUAAAAAUGAGAACACUUCAAAAGAAAGAACAAAGUUUAACAGAGCAUUUUGGAAUAAAGUUUCAACACCAGCAACUUUAAAUAAAUUUGAAAUUUGUGUUAUAGAUACGCAAGAAAUUAAUAUUAAAAUAAAUUAUAGCAAAGGAAUUGAUAAAUUCCUAAAUGCUUAUAACAAAAUAACUGAUAAAUUGCUAAAUGACAUUCCCAGUGAUAACAGUGAUAAAGAAAAGAAUGAUUUUAAGAAUAACGUCCUAUAUGAGAUUAAAACUGAGAUUGCAAAUACUUGCGAACAAAUAUGUGAUGAUCUUUCGUCUCAAAAUGCUCUUGCAAUUGAAUUUAAUCAGGCUUUAGAAUGGCUUAAAUCAUUAUGCAAUAAUAUUUUUAUCGUGCAGAACCAAUUUAAUGAUUUUCAAGAUCUAUUCAAGGUUAAAGUUGAUGAUUUUAGCUCAAUGGAGCAAUAUUUGCGUUUUAAAGUUUUUAUCGUAUUAGAAUCCAAUACUAAAAAAUGGAAAGCCACGCAACAUAAUAAUCUUAAUAAUCUUCGUGAAGCUUUGUUAAAAUCUUUUUAUGAUAUACUAAGUAAUUCCUCAUAUGAAAAUCUUUCUUCUCAAUUUUUUAAAUAUGUUUCUAAAUCAGUUGAAAAAUAUUUGACUAUCCAAGAAGAAUACAUUCCAGAAUUAUUAGAAGAGUACUUGAAAAAGAAGCAUUGGAUGAGUGACGCUAGAAAUCCUACACGUUAUGUUUAUGAACAAAGUUUUGGUGACUAUGAUGUUGAAAAAACUCGUAAAUAUAUUCAUGACCCAAUAUUAUUUAUGAAAGAGUUAUUUGAAAAUGAAGUUGAUGAUUUUGAAAAGAAAACCGUUGAUCAAAUAUUAGAAAAAACCGAAAAGGAUAUCAAUGAUGCUUUAGAAAAACUUUGCGAAAUCAUGUUAAUUUGUCAGCAACGUUUUUCAGGUUCAUCAGAAAAAAACUUGCCCCUUGAAAAAAUUAUCAAUUGUCAGCAAUGUUUUUCAGAAUCCUCAAAUAAAGAUUUGCCCCUUAAGAAAUUUAUCGAGAGGGUUCACCGUAGUUUUAUUCCAGCAUCUUUAAAUAAGACCAUAUACCCAAAAAUUUUAAUAGAGGAUGCAAUGCGUGUUCUCGGAAAAUGUAUUAUUGAUUCGCCUCAAGAUUUUUUUGUCAAAUUAAGUGAGGAAUAUUAUAAAUACGUGAAACAAUUUAAUACAUUAUGGAAAACUCAGCGUGCAGAUCUUUACAAAAAAACAUUAAUAGAUUGUAUAGAAAAUUCCAAGAAAUCAUAUUGGAACAAGCCUGAGAAUUUUAAAAAAUUUUAUUGUAGAAAAGUAGAUGAUGAUUACGAAAAUGAACUUAAAUUUGAAAAAUAUGUAAAAACAUAUCACCCAGAGUGGUGGCCACUUUUAGGUCGAAAAAAGCCCGAUGAUGAUCAAAUAAAGCAAGUUAGAGCAAUGUGGGUGCAUUUAAAGGACGAAAUAUGUAGAAAAUUUGACAUGGUAGAUAAGACCCCUGAAAAUUGGUACCAAAAUUAUAAACAUCUUGCUAAGCUUGUUGAGUAA